CAUAAAUUCCCUGUUGAUUUCGAAGGCCUAGAAUUUUAAAUAAAAUUUGCAUAAUAUUCACGCAACGCUAACUUUUUACCAGUCAAGUAAAAGUUGUCAACGCUGAAUAGAAAAUCUCUAGUGUAUAUAAACAUCCGUGUCAACUGCUUCUAACUUUUAUCCCUCCCACUUCUUCAUACUACCGUCCCGCAAGCACCUUCUUUUUCUUACUCUUUCUAUCUGAACGUUUUGUUUUUCUACCGCUACCAAUCUUAUAUGAAUCUUCAAUGAAAACUUAUAUCUAAGCAACGACACAAUCAAAGAACACAAUUGAAGAGUGAGUAGAAAUGAGAGAGAGAGAGAGAGAGAGACAAAAAAAAUAAAAAUCUUGUUGACGUUUGAUGUUUAAUAAAAAUAAAAAAAAAUUCACAGUGCUUUGACAACGGCAUGAACUGAAUUUUAUGUUUACGGAUUUAUAUUAUGAUUAUUAAAAUUCAUUUUUAAAAAAUGGCUUCACAAGAAACUGCUCGAUUAAGAAAUUUAAGAUUACGGGUCGACAGUGAAGAUAAAGAGUUUGGCGGUUUAAAGUCUUUAAAAGUUAGAGGAAAAGAUUUAGAUAUUCUUUCCGAGGAUCACUAUGGAAUUGUUGAAUUGGAAGUUUUGGAUUUAUCACCAGACAGGCAAUCUUGUAUUUAUUAUCGUCUACCAGAAAUUUCAUCCUCAAUAGGAAAACUGAUCAAUCUGAAGAUUCUUUUAAUAGAUACAAAUGAAUUGAGGUGGAUAUCAGAUAACUAAAAUUAAGACAUAAUUUGACGAUAAUGUUAUGAGAGGGGGGAUGAUAGAUUUAUGUAAGAGAAGAAGCAUUUCCCCAUUACUUAAAUAUCUCACAAGCAUAAAGCAUUAUUUCUAAAAAUAAGAGAAGAGAAAGACAAACGACCCAUUCUAGUUGUAGCAGAACGUUAAUUUAAUUAAUCUAUUUAAAAAAGAUCUUGUCCAAAGAAUUAAUUAGAAGCCUUUUUUGUUUGUGUAAAUGAAACACUAGCCUCCUUGAAUAUCGUUUUUUCACUAAUUUUUUACCUUAUCUAAUCAAUUUUUAUAAUAUUCUUGUUUAACAUAUUUCAAUAUAUCUCUACUACUUUUCAAGCGCUAUCAUCUUUUCUCUCUAAUUUAUUCUAUCCAUCAAUCUGUAUAUUGUUACAUAGAUAAUUAAGUUUUUACUAAUUAUUUGCACCAAGUACAAAACUUGGCCCAGUAUAUAUUACAUAUACAGUAUACGGGGAAUAUAAUGUAUAUAUUUAUAUUUCAAUUCUAUUUUAUAGAAAGUUCAAGUAAUCUAAAUAAAAAGGUGAAAGAGAUAAAUGCAGAUAUUUAUUGAAAAAAUAUUCAAUAUUUAAACAUAUGUUGAGCGAUAAAAAGAUGGUAGAAUAUCAUGAAAAAUUAUUGAUAUUACUGUAAGAUAAAGAAUUAUGGAAUAUAUUUUAAUAAGUAUGCAACUGCUAGAUAUUUCUUAUUUCCGUUGUCGUACCUUUCCAUCCUUCUCUUUCUAUUUUAGCUUUUCUCUCUUUUUUUCAAUCAUUUUCUCUCUCUCUCUCUCUCUCUCUCUCUCUUUUUCUGUAUAAUCAAUUCUAUUUGAACAAACGAAAAGCUUAGCGGAAGCUAGUUAUUAACAAAGAAAACUAACUUAAAAAUUCUAAUCAAUAAUUGGUUGCUAUAUUUAGAGUGUAAAGUUCUUAUUUAUUAUUCUUUUAUACUUAAAUAAGUAUAUAAGAAUUAUUAGAAUAUCAGUGAUAGAAAUAUUAAAAAUUGCUCUUGUGUAAUAGAGAAUAAAAGAAUUUUCUCCCCUGUUUUCGUUUGCAUCUUCAUCCUAUAUUUUCCUGUCUAGUAGGCCGCUUUUCUAUUUAUUAUUUAAAGGUAUGAGUAAAAGACGAAUUUAAGAUAUGAAAAAUUAUAUAGAGGAAUGCAAACAAAAUAAACUUUCUCUCUCCCCCUGCCCCCCCCCCCUUCUCUCUGCAUAAAUCCCUAAAUACUUUAACUACAUUGUUAUCUAAUAUUCACUACCUCCAGCGAAAUCCCCGAAGAGAUAGGCCUAUUAAGUAAUUUGGAAAAACUAUCAAUCAGUAACAACCACUUAAAAAAGUUACCGGAAGGACUAGGCAAUCUAUCGAGACUAAAAUCACUACAUGCCUGUAAUAAUUAUAUAGAUGUCUUUCUGAAUUCUCUGUGCAAUCUAAGAGAUUUAGAAUUCCUAGAUCUAUGCAACAAUCGCAUAGCUGAUCUUCCUGAAGGAAUCUCUCGCAUGCGUAGCCUGCAAAAUCUCUUAUUACACGUUAAUAUUCUGCGCCACCUACCGGACUCUAUAUGCGACCUCAUUAAUUUAGAAGAUUUAUGGGUCGGUAAUAAUCGUCUAAGACGUUUACCAAGGCAUUUUGCGAGACUGAAGAAAUUACAAUGGGGUAAUGUUCACACAUUCUCCGUUUGCGUUGAUGAUAAUCCCCUUGAACAUCCACCAAUUGAAGUGUGUAAGAAAGGAAUUGAGGCUAUAGAAAAGUAUUUUGUGGGAACUGAACCUCAGAUUGCUCGUCAUUAUACCUCCAGACAUAUUGAAAAAUGAAAAGGGAAGAUUGAAUUGAAAGAAUGAUAAAGAAAAAAGUGAAUAUGAGUAGAAAAGUAUUUAGGACUGUUUGCAGUAUUUCUAUCUAUGAUAUGCAUUUUAUAAUACAUAUUAGUAUAUUAUAUAUAGUAUAUAAACAUAAUCAUGGUGUCUAAAUAAUUGAUACUUAUAAAGAGGACAUAGAAGGUGUUAAUUGAUCAUUUAAAAUCAUAUAUCUC